GUCACAAGGAAGUAAUGUUCAUCCAUACGUACUACAGCCAUCUCAUGGAGAUCCAGUCUAGGAUGGAGCUGAACACUUCUCCAGAAGACCAGAAUGAAAACACAAGGUCUGGUUUCCUUACACCUCCAAUUUGACAUAUUAGUAGAGAAUGUCAUCCAAUACAAUGAAGGACAAUGCUUUGACAUAAUUAUAGUCAACUCUUCAGAACCUCCAGAUCUUUUGGGGAAUUAAAAUGCUACUCCUACAUGUGGAGAAUACAUAGGGAAUACAUUAUUGGAUUAUAUCUGAAAACAAUCUUUAUCUACAAGAAAAAUGACCAAUGUUUUCUACACUUUACACUUCAAGUAGUCUGAUCUUAAUCGGAUAAGAUCUGAUUUUGGUUGCUAACUAGCUCACAUGAACAGAAAGGCCUAAAGGUUACAUCUACUGGAUGAUUGCUCCCCGCAGUAUCCUCCCUGGUUGCCUGGCCACUGCAGUCAUCUCAGCCACCGUUCGAGACCCCUCCAAGGCCCAGAACAUCCCAGUGGCCAUCCACUAUACUUUGUCCUCCUCACACAUGGUAAGAUCAAUGUGUGCAUCCCAAAUGGCACCCUAUUCCUUUUAUAGUGCACCCUAUUCCCUUUAUAGUCCUAUGGGCCCUGGUCAAAAUUACUGCACUAUAUGGAAUAGGGUGCCAUUUCGGACAUACCCAUUACUGUAUAUGAAGGGGAUAAACCCCACUGCUACACACUAUGCUACUGCCUGCAUGCUGAUUCACACUAUAGGGCCAACCUGAACCAUAGAGUACUGGCUUGGAUAUUUUCAUUUCACAUUGUCCUUUCCAGCUCUGCUCCAGCAACUAUGGUGAUGAGUAUCCAGGCCAGCCAGUGCAGCUUGGUUUGGCUUGGCUUGGCUCGGCUCUGCUCAGUAGUGUGAAAAGUGUAUACAUGUAUGGGUGUGUGGUGUAACGUUGAUGUGUAUGUAUUGUGUCUAGUGUGUGAUAUAUGAGUUGGUGGCUCUCCUCCCAGACUUUUUCUUAGGCGGGGUUGCCAGAUUCUCAAGAGCCUCAGAAUCUUUGGGUUUCACUAACAAAUGGUGCAAUUCAAACCAAUCAUGGUCAUUUUUACAGUGGUUGGAUGUGGUUGGGAAUAGGGUGAAGUAAUGAUUGAGGGAAACAUAACGUUGUUAUAGAAACUCUACAAUACAGUACGUGUCAUUGAUUUUACAUCUAUUCACAAAGUCAAGAGUUGGCCCAGGUCUUUCUAGUAAGUUCCCUGGCCCGAUCCCGUGUUGCUUUUGGCGCGUCCUGUCAAAGGGUGCGAGGAGAGAGAAUGAGAGAGAAAGAGGGUGAGAAACAUCUGUUUUUUGUUCUAGGUGGAGUAUUCGCAGCGAGUCACGCCUGUUUGCGUGUUUUGGAAUUUCACCCUAAUGUAAGUAUGACCACACAGUGCAGCUAAGUCAGACAUCCCUAGAGUACAUGUCAGUAGCGAUAAGUCAUAACAUAACGUUGCAUAGGGUUUGUAUGUACAGUGGGGAGAACAAAUAUUUGAUAAACUGCCGAUUUUGCAGGUUUUCCUACUUACAAAGCAUGUAGAGGUCUGUAAUUUUUAUCAUAGGUACACUUCAACUGUGAGAGACGGAAUCUAAAACAAAAAUCCAGAAAAUCACAUUGUAUGAUUUUUAAGUAAUUAAUUUGCAUUUUAUUGCAUGACAUAAGUAUUUGAUACAUCAGAAAAGCAGAACUUAAUAUUUGGUACAGAAACCUUUCUUUGCAAUUACAGAGAUCAUAUGUUUCCUGUAGGUCUUGACCAGGUUUGGCCACACUGCAUACAGACCUUCUCCAGAUCUUUCAGGUUUCGGGGCUGUCGCUGGGCAAUACGGACUUUCAGCUCCCUCCAAAGAUUUUCUAUUGGGUUCAGGUCUGGAGACUGGCUAGGCCACUCCAGGACCUUGAGAUGCUUCUUACGGAGCCACUCCUUAGUUGCCCUGGCUGUGUGUUUCGGGUUGUUGUCAUGCUGGAAGACCCAGCCACGACCCAUCUUCAAUGCUCUUACUGAGGGAAGGAGGUUGUUGGCCAAGAUCUCGCGAUACAUGGCCCCAUCCAUCCUCCCCUCAAUACGGUGCAGUCGUCCUGUCCCCUUUGCAGAAAAGCAUCCCCAAAGAAUGAUGUUUCCACCUCCAUGCUUCACGGUUGGGAUGGUGUUCUUGGGGUUGUACUCAUCCUUCUUCUUCCUCCAAACACGGCGAGUGGAGUUUAGACCAAAAAGCUCUAUUUUUGUCUCAUCAGACCACAUGACCUUCUCCCAUUCCUCCUCUGGAUCAUCCAGAUGGUCAUUGGCAAACUUCAGACGGGCCUGGACAUGCGCUGGCUUGAGCAGGGGGACCUUGCGUGUGCUGCAGGAUUUUAAUCCAUGACGGCGUAGUGUGUUACUAAUGGUUUUCUUUGAGACUGUGGUCCCAGCUCUCUUCAGGUCAUUGACCAGGUCCUGCCGUGUAGUUCUGGGCUGAUCCCUCACCUUCCUCAUGAUCAUUGAUGCCCCACGAGGUGAGAUCUUGCAUGGAACGCCAGACCGAGGGUGAUUGACCGUCAUCUUGAACUUCUUCCAUUUUCUAAUAAUUGCGCCAACAGUUGUUGCCUUCUCACCAAGCUGCUUGCCUAUUGUCCUGUAGCCCAUCCCAGCCUUGUGCAGGUCUACAAUUUUAUCCCUGAUGUCCUUACACAGCUCUCUGGUCUUGGCCAUUGUGGAGAGGUUGGAGUCUGUUUGAUUGAGUGUGUGGACAGGUGUCUUUUAUACAGGUAACGAUUUCAAACAGGUGCAGUUAAUACAGGUAAUGAGUGGAGAACAGGAGGGCUUCUUAAAGAAAAACUAACAGGUCUGUGAGAGCCGGAAUUCUUACUGGUUGGUAGGUGAUCAAAUACUUAUGUCAUGCAAUAAAACGCAAAUUAAUUACUUAAAAAUCAUACAAUGUGAUUUUCUGGAUUUUUGUUUUACAUUCUGUCUCUCACAGUUGAAGUGUACCUAUGAUAAAAAUUACAGACCUCUACAUGCUUUGUAAGUAGGAAAACCUGCAAAAUCGUCAGUGUAUCAAAUACUUGUUCUCCCCACUGUAGCUAUUCACCCCCCCAAAGUCAAUACUUUGUAGAGCCACCUUUUGCAGCAAUUACAGCUGCAAGUCUCUUGGGGUAUGUCUCUAUAAGCUUGGCACAUCUAGCCAAGCUUAUUGUUCUCCCCACUGUAUGUAUGUACAGUUGAAGUCGGAAGUUUACAUACACUUAGGUUGGAGUCAUUAAAACUUGUUUUUCAACUACUCCACAAAUGUAUUGUUAACAAACUAUAGUUUUGGCAAGUCGGUUAGGACAUCUACUUUGUGCAUAACACAAGUAAGUUUUCCAACAAUUGUUUACAGACAGAUUAUUUCACUAAUAAUUCACUGUAUCACAAUUCCAGUGGGUCAGACGUUUACAUACACUAAGUUGACUGUGCCUUUAAACAGCUUGGAAAAUUCCAGAAAAUGACGUCAUGGCUUUAGAAGCUUCUGAUAGGCUAAUUGACAUAAUUUGAGUCAAUUGGAGGUGUACCUGUGGAUGUAUUUCAAGGCCUACCUUCAAACUCAGUGCCUCUUUGCUUGACAUCAUGGGAAAAUCAAAAUAAAUCAGCCAAGACCUCAGAAAAAAUAUUGUAGACCUCCACAAGUCUGGUUCAUCCUUGGGAGCAAUUUCCAAACGCCUGAAGGUACCACGUUCAUCUGUACAAACAAUAGUACGCAAGUAUAGCCAGACUACGGUUUGCAACUGCACAUGGGGACAAAGAUCGUACUUUUUGAGAAAUAUCUUCUGGGCUGAUGAACAAAAAUAGAACCGUUUGGCCAUAUGACCAUUGUUAUGUUUGAAGGAAAAAGGGGAAGGCUUGCAAGCCAAAUAACACCAUCCCAACCGUGAAGCACGGGGGUGGCAGCAUCAUGCUGUGGGUGUGCUUUGCUGGUGCACUUCACAAAAUAGAUGGCAUCAUGAGGAAGGAAAAUUAUGUGGAUAUAUUGAAGCAACAUCUCAAGACAUCAGUCAGGAAGUUAAAGCUUGGUCGCAAAUGGGUCUUCCAAAUGGACAAUGACCCCAAGCAUACUUCCAAAGUUGUGGCAAAAUGGCUUAAGGACAACAGAGUCAAGGUAUUGGAGUGGCCAUCACAAAGCCCUGACCUCAAUCCUAUAGAAAAUGUGUGGGCAGAACUGAAAAAGCGUGUGCGAGCAAGGAGGCCUACAAACCUGACUUAGUUACACCAGCUCUGUCAGGAGGAAUGGGCCAAAAUUCACCCAACUUAUUGUGGGAAGCUUAUGGAAGGCUACCCGAAACGUUUGACCCAAGUUAAACAAUUUAAAGGCAAUUGAUACCAAAUACUAAUUGAGUUUAUGUAAACUUCUGACCCACUGGGAAUGUGAUAAACUAAAUAAAAGCUGAAAUAAAUCAUUCUCUCUACUAUUAUUCUGACAUUUCACAUUCUUAAAAUAAAGUGGUGAUCCUAACUGACCUAAAACAGGGAAUAUUUACUAGUAUUAAAUGUCAGGAAUUGUGAAAAUCCGAGUUUAAAUGUAUUUGGCUAAGGUGUAUGUAAACUUCCGACAUCAACUGUAUGUGUGUGUGUGUGCGUGCGUGUUUGAUUUCUGGGUGUUUGUGCCACAGGACUGGGCAUUUCAACGGCUGGUCCAGCGAAGGUUGCAGGGUGACUCACACAGGCUCUGAUGUCACUUCCUGCUUUUGUAACCACACCACCAACUUCGCCGUCCUGAUGAAUUACAUGGAGUCCAAGGUAAUGAAUAGCAUGGUCAUCCCAGAGUCUGCAACACCACUAAGCAAGGGGCACCACCAAGGAAGACCAAGAAGACCAAGGAGCUCUCCAAACAGGUCAGGGACAAAGUUGUGGAGAAGUACAGAUCAGGGUUGGGUUAUAAAAAAAUAUCAGAAACUUUGAACAUCCCAUGGAGCACCAUUAAAUCCAUUAUUAGGAUUAUGGAAAGAAUAUGGCAUCACAACAAACCUGCCAAGAGAGGGACACCUUUUGCAGCAAUUACAGCUGCAAGUGUCUUGGGGUAUGUAUAUAUAAGCUUGGCACAUCUAGCCACUGGGACUUUUGCCCAUUCUUCAAGGCAAAAUUGCUCCAUCUCCUUCAAGUUGGAUGGGUUCCGCUGGUGUACAGCAAUCUUUAAGUCAUACCACAGAUUCUCAACUGGAUUGAGGUCUGGGCUUUGACUAGGCCAUUCCAAGACAUUUAAAUGUUUUCCCUUAAACCACUCAAGUGUUGCUUUAGCAGUAUGCUUAGGGUCAUUGUCCUGCUGAAAGGUGAACCUCCGUCCCAGUCUCAAAUCUCUGGAAGACUGAAACAGGGUUUCCUCAAGAAUUACCUGUAUUUUGCGCCAUCCAUCAUUCCUUCAAUUCUGACAAGUUUCCCAGUCCCUGCCGAUGAAAAACAUCCCCACAGCAUGAUGCUGCCACCACCAUGCUUCACUGUGGGGAUGGUGUUCUCGGGGUGAUGAGAGGUGUUGGGUUUGCGCCAGACAUAGCGUUUUCCUUGAUGGCCAAAAAGCUCUAUUUUAGUCUCAUCUGACCAGAGUACCUUCUUCCAUAUCUUUGUGGAGUCUCCCACAUGCCUUUUGGCGAACACCAAACAUGUUUGCUUAUUUUUUUCUUUAAGCAAUGGCUUUUUUCUUGCCACUCUUCCGUAAAGCCCAGCUCUGUGGAGUGUACGGCUUAAAGUGGUCCUGUGGACAGAUACUCCAAUCUCUGCUGUGGAGCUUUGCAGCUCAUUCAGGGUUAUCUUUGGUCUCUUUGCUGCCUCUCUGAUUAAUGCCCUCCUUGCCUGGUCCGUGAGUUUUGGUGGGCGGCCCUCUCUUGGCAGGUUUGUUGUGGUGCCAUAUUCUUUCCAUUUUGUAAUAAUGGAUUUAAUGGUGCUCUGUGGGAUGUUCAAAGUUUCUGAUAUUUUUUUAUAACCCAACCCUGAUCUGUACUUCUCCACAACUUUGUCACUGACCUGUUUGGAGAGCUCCUUCGUCUUCAUAGUUCCGCUUGGUUGGUGGUGCCCCUUGCUUAGUGGUGUUGCAGACUCUGGGGCCUUUCAGAACAGGUAUAUAUAUAUACUGAGAUCAUGUGACAGAUCAUGUGACACUUAGAUUGCACACAGGUGGACUUUAUUUAACUAAUUAUGUGACUUCUGAAGGUAAUUGGUUGCACCAGAUCUUAUUUAGAGGCUUCAUAGCAAGGGGGGUGAAUAAAUAUGCACGCACCACUUUUCCGUUAUUUAUUUUUAGAAUUUUUUCAAACAAGUUAUUUUUUUUAUUUCACUUCACCAAUUUGGACUAUUUUGUGUAUGUCCAUUACAUGAAAUCCAAAUAAAUAUCAAUUUAAAUUACAGGUUGUAAUGCAACAAAAUAGGAAAAACGGCAAGGGGGAUGAAUACUUUUGCAAGGCACUGUAGUGUAACUAGGGCUUUGCAAUGAUGGUGAAAACUUCGAAAUGUUGGGGUUAAGUAGGUUAAAAUAUUCCUAGAGGUCACAGAGGAUCCACAGAGGGACAUGUCAAAAUGCAGAAUUUCUUCACUUUAGCAAGUCUUCAUUCAUAUAAAAAUAUAUAUGUUAAUUGAAUUUUCCAUAUGGUCUAUAUUAAAGGGCACUUCAUUUAAUAUAACAGGCUUUUAAAAUUUAAAUUUUUCCACAACUUCUACUUAAAAUAUCAAAGGGACGCAAAAGGCACUCAUUUCGUGGAAUGACCCAGAAUGAUGAAGGAUUUAUGUUUGAUAAGAGAAGAGAUAAAUCGAAAGUAUAGAGGGUGUGAAUUCUCAGUCAAAACCAUUUAACAUUGGAAUUAGUUAUCAACUGAUUUGAGAUGUAAUUAAUAUUUGAAUGGAAGUGGUAUGUUUCAGUUCUGAUAUCUCACCAAAUAAUUUUGUACACAUGCACACACACAUGUUCAUGCAUGCAUCCACGCACAACUCCAGCAACUGGUGGAUUUCGUAGCCAGGCCAGCGUAGUACAGCUCGGCACUGCUCUGGCUAGUAGGGUAUUAAUGUUGUGUCAAGUAUUCCUCAAGUCAAGCUUGUCUAACAUCAGUCACUUGCUCUUAUUGCCAUCAGAUGUUGCAAAUUCGCAUUGUGCCACAUUGCCCAGUAGAUGUCACUGUUAGUAUGGAGAACCAUAGGCCUCAGGCCAUGUAAGAGUUAAUCAGCUAUAAUAUAGACUCUUUGCUAGUGAUCAGUACUCAGUGGAUGAUAACAAUACUUUUGUGUUGACUGUGUUUUGACUGGCCUGUCCUACUCUGUAUAUGCGUGUGUGUGCUUCUCUCCCUCUCUCUCCCCAGUGGACUCAGGAGGAGGAGGAUAUUUUGACGAAGCUGACGUUUAUCGGCUCUGGGGCCUCUCUGUGCGCACUGGUGGUGACCUUGAUGCUGUUCACCGUGCUGGAGUGAGUGUUUUAUUAGCCAGUCACCUAGCUGCUACUUUAGAAUAAACACCACCGCUGUGAAACUGGGGAGAAUUUGAGCCAACAUAGCCUCAUUGGAGACAUUUGUUCUCUCUAACUUAGCUUCGCCCUCCAAAGCGAGCAUGGCCCAUUUCUUAGUCAGCACUCACUGGAAUAUUAUAUCUUAGCCAUGCAAAAGCAAACAACAACAUUUAAUUAAAGACAGUAAGAGAAAACAAACAUCGUAGGCAAGCUCCUUUAAAAGCAAUCCAAGCAGUAGCUACAUUCACAAUGAAACCUUAUUUAACAGCAGAACUUCUCAACAGUAAGUUGCCACAUCCAGAGUUUGGGGGUUAGCUCCAUUUUAAUUUAUUCAAUUCAGGAGAUUCAUUGAACACGUUUCUCAUUAUUUCCAAUGAGGAGUUGUCUGAAUUGAAAUGGAAUCAACCCCAACCCUGGUCACACCAGCCAGCAACAUACCAUUGGAAUCGUAGAGAUACAGUUACUAGAAUGGACAUUCCCAUUCAAGUCAAUGUCCUGUGUUCCAGUAAAAUUCCCAUGAGCUCAAGGACUUUGCCCCUUCUAGUAAUUAUAUCUCUAUGGUCGGAAUCCUCCCUAGUCAUCAUUUAUGCUCUGUUUUAAGAGGGAUCAGUAUUUAACAGUGCUAAUCUAGUUAUUAGUAGUGUCUGUGUGUGAGUACACACUGAAGGUUUAUGGUGGCAUUACAGGGCAGCUAAUUAACUCACCAAGGGAGAUCCAAAUCAGGGAUUGGAAUAGCCGAUUGGUCAAUCGACUGGGGAUGGGAAUAGCGGGAAUAGGCGAUUUGACAAGGAGAUUUAUGAGCCGGUCACACCUAAAUCAUCCCAGACACACCCAAUGGCACACAGAUGAAAACAAGUCCGAAUUUAAUAGAAAAGCGUCAGAAAACAAGAGAUGGCUGGUUAUUCGUUACUACUUCAUUUGAAUAACAACAAAACAAUAGACCCACACUUGGUUUGCUAUAAAGCUGAGGAUGGGGUUGGAGAAAUCACAGAGUGGGCCUUUAAACCUAUUCUAUUGCUGCUAUUACUUUCUUUCUCAUAGACAUUUUGAAAGUAUACUUGUGAAAUGUGUAAUUAUUGCAAAGACACUUGAUUGGGGUUUUAUUGUUAUGUCGUCGUGUUAGAAUAUUCAUUUUGUUUCUCCAAAGAAAUGUUUUUAACACUACAUCUUUUGAUUCUUUCCAGCAUUCCCAAAUCGGAGAGGACGUCUAUCCACAGGAACCUGUUCAUUGCGCUGACCUGUGCCCAGAUAGUCCUUCUCUGCAGUGGCUCAGCUGUCAACAAUAAAGUAGGCUAACCAUCUUGGCUAACUGUGGGGCAAAAUAAUUAACUUUACAGUUAGUUAGCUACGGCACCUCUCUUUGCUAGGAAACCGCUACCUCUGAAAUGGAUAGGGUGGCUCCACUAAUGUUGACAUUUGGACAGUUGUGACAUAUCCUCUUACAAAGCGUAUUGGUCUGUUGUUUAUCUGACCCUUGACCCUGUCAGGUGGCCUGCACCCUGGUGGCGGCCCUGCUGCACCUCUUCUUCAUGGCUGCCUUCAGCUGGAUGCUGGUGGAGGGACUGCUUCUCUGGAGCAAAGUGGUGGCGGUCAACCUGAGCGAGGACCGACACAUGAAGUACUACUAUCUCAUUGGCUGGGGUAUGACACAGAAGAACAAGAUAGAAGAAGAUUACCUUAGUUCAUUUACUACAUGAGCAAUGGAGAUUUGUAUUUUCCAUAUCCCAUUCUCCCCAGUAGACUUACUGUACACGUACACAUACACAUAUACUGUACAUAUACUGUACAGUCAGGUCCAUAAUUAUUGGCACCCUUGAUAAAGAUGAGCAAAAAAUACUUUAUACAAUAAAUAAUACAAAUACUGAGCUAUAUUGUAUGCACAAAUAAAUGGGAAAGUAUAUUAUUUUAUACUAAUACAAUUGCUCAGAGAAAGAUAUAUUUUUACAAAUAAUAAAAUACAUUUUUAAAAGAUAGGCCUCAAAAUUAUUGGCACCCCUGUUUUCAAUACUCUAGCACCCUCCCCUUGCGAGCGUAAUGACACUGAGCCUUUUUCUAAAAUGUUUUAUGAGAUUGGAGAACACAUUGGGAAGGAUCUUAGACCAUUCCUCCAUACAGAAAUAAUAUUUCCAGAUCCUUCAUAUCCUUCAUCUGCUGUUAUGGACUGCCCUCUUCAGUUCAAACCACAGGUUUUCAAUGGGGUUCAAGUCCGGAGAUUGUUGAUUUUGUGGUCAAUUAACAAUUUCUUUGUGGAUUUUGAUUAGUGCUUGGGGGUUAUUGUCUCUCUGGAAAAUCCACUUGUGGAGGCAACCAGGUGUUUGGCAGAGGCAACCAGGUGUUUGGCUAAAAUGUCCUAAAAUUGAAGAGGGCAGUCCAAAAGGGCAGACAAAGGAUAUCAAGGAUCUGGAAAGAUUCUGUAUGGAGAAAUGAUCCCUCUCAAUGUGUUCUCCAAUCUCAUAAAACAUUUUUGAAAAAUCUGUGUCGUUAUCCUCGCGGGGAGAGUGCUGGAGUAUUAAAAACAGGGGUGCCAAUAAAUGUGAUAUUACUUGUUAAACAAAAUAUAAUUCCCCUAGCAAUUGCAUUAGUGUAAAAUAAUAUAAUUUUCCUUUACUUUGUUUUAGCAUACAAUAUAGCUCAGUAUUUGUAUUAUUUAUUUUAUACAGCCAAUAAUUAUGUACCUGAUUGUACAUACACAAACACACACAUACAGUACAUAUACACACACACUCAGGAAGUACUGAUCUCUCUUGCUCUAGCUCUGCUCUUUCUCUGUCUCUCAUUCACUCUCUCUCUCUCUCUCUCUCUCUCUCUCUCUCUCUCUCUCUCUCUCUCUCUCUCUCUCUCUCUCUCUCUCUCUCUCUCUCUCUCUCUCUCUCCCUCCCUCCCAGGUCUGCCAGUGCUGAUAGUCACCAUCACCCUGGCCUCUGCCUCAGGGAAGUACUCUGCUGAUGGCCACUGUUGGCUCAGUGUGCAAAACGGGGUCAUCUGGGGCUUCGCAGGCCCUGUUAUUUUCAUCAUUAUGGUGAGAACACAUACACACAUGCAAAACAUUUUUUUCUUGCAAUUAAUUGCAUUGUCUGAAAGCAUUGAAAAUACACUGAAAACCUCCCACAUACAUCAUCUAUACAGCUGAAAUCUACAAUGCCAUGUAAAAACAAGUUGACAUUGAGGUUAAAUAAAGUGUGCUUUCUCAAACCGUUACUUUAGACAAAAUCAAGACAUCAAUAUUAUUGUAAUGUUUUUUGUAUGAAGAAUCUUGAAUUACAGCUCACUUUGAGCAAAUCCUGCGAGUUAACGUGAUUAAAUGUUUUUGUUUGCCAGCCCUAAUUAUUACCUCCAAAAAAUUAUACUAAUUUAACUCUAACAGAUGACAAUACAAUGUUUUAGAUACAGUAGGCUUACUGAAUGCAAACAAUACCUCUCACAUGACUUGCAUGUUCUAACCAAUUAUUUACUGUAUUUACACUGUUGAAAUGUAUGUGAAUAUAUUGUAUGUCUCUGUCUAACCGACAGUGUAUGUGUGUCCUCUCAUCAGGUGAACAUCAUGGUUCUGACGCGGGUAGUGGUCAUCACCAUCUCCACAGCCAAGAGGAGGUCCAUCAUGCUGGCAAUGGAUAACAGUCCUGUGGAGCAGGCCUACGAGCAGAUCAGGUAGACACCACACGGGGGCGCCAUUUCAUUACAGUUACUGCCACAGACUAUUACUAGACAAUACUAAUGUAGUUGUUCUAUGCCUUUGCAGAAGUUCCAUGGUUUGAGGUUGGUUUUGUAAAAAGCCAGCAGCUAUAAUACUUUAUUACUUGUUAUAAGCAUGUAUGAGGCUUUAUAAUCACUUAUAAAAAUGACUCUAUGUAUAUAAUAACUCUAUGCAUUUUUUGUCUUACAAAACAUUAUGGACAUCUGUUCUUUCCAUGACAUGGACUGACCAGGUGAAAGCUAUAAUCCCUUAUUGAUGUCACUUGUUAAAUCCACUUCAAUCAGUGUAGAUGAAGGGGAGGAGAUAGGUUAAAUAAUGAUUUUUAAGCCUUGAGACAAUUGAGACAUGGAUUGCGUAUGUGUGCCAUUCAGAAGGUGAGUGGGCAAGACAAAAGAUUUAAGUGCCUUUGAAUGGGGUAUGGUAAUAGGUGCCAGGCGCACCGGUUUGUGUCAAGAACUGCAACGCAGCUGGGUUUUUCACGCUCAACAGUUUCCCGUAUGUAUCAAGAAUAAGGACAUCCAGCCAACUUGACACAACUGUGGGAAGCAUUGGAUUCAAAAUGGGCCAGCAUCCCUGUGGAAUGCUUUCGACACCUUGUAGAGUCCAAUGCCCCGACGAAUUGAGGCUGUUCUGGGGGGGGGGAGGGGGGUGCAACUCAAUAUUAGCAAAGGUGUUCCUAAUGUUUGGUAUACUCAGUGUACAUGUUAACUGCACUGAAAGAUAUUAACUGCACUGCAAGAGGUGAGGUAGAGUAAAGUGUAUGGUGUGUUGGUAUUUUUCCCUUUGUUGUUUCCUUUACCCUUUGUAUAGGAUACAGUGUAUGAAAUUUGAGUGUAAUUAUUCAUUCCCUGAAGUGCUGUUUACAAUCUAUCAGUGGAAAUCAUUUCAACGUGUAAAUGUUUUUCCUGCGACUCAGCUGCGCUGGUCACAAUAACAACUCUGUGGAGGAGGAAUAUCAAUGUUGGUGUUGAGCGUCAGCCGGCCGGCCCGAUGGCAGCCAGAGUGGAAACUUAAACACAUUCCUCCGCUGAAUAAACUAGAGCCCUCGCCCGCCCCACAGCUGGUGCGGUUUAGCGGUCACCUGAACUGGAAGGUAAUUUUAUCCUAAACAGAAUUAGGGAGCGAUUUAGUGUGGAAAUUGUCACAAUAUGAGACUAACCAGCCUCCCCUGUUGUGCUUGGGUCGACCCUCCUGCCAACCUGCCCCAUUUGGCCCAACCACGUCCAACCAAGCCCAUAGCGUUGCGCACGGAUCCGAUCCAGAAUGGAUGGGGAGUUUCAGUGUGAGGUGCCUGGGUUGGGUGGGUAAUGGGGAAACUGUCUACUAGCAUGGUGCCCAGUCCUUCAAUUUGUGUCGAUUGGCUUGUGGUUGCUUUCUCUCAGGGCUGCGGUGAAAGCAGUGCUGGUGCUACUGCCAAUCCUGGGCCUGACCUGGCUCUGUGGCGUCCUGGUGCCCUUCUCCAUAGUCAUGGCCUACGUCUUCAUCUUUCUCAACUCACUGCAGGUACUGGCCACAUACUCUCACUUAUCUAAAACACUUCUCUCUCUUUCUGUUGUUCUUAUCUUUUCUCCCGUUCUCUCUCUGUGUUCUCUCUAUUUCUCUCACUCUUUCAUUCAUUCUCUGUCUUUCUGUUGUUCUCUUCCUCUCCCUCAAUGCCUUUCUCGUUCUCUGCACUCUCCCGUUCUCUCUCUUUCCCUGAGAUAACUCCACCUUUUCCAAUGUGUUAUACAAGUAUGACUGUAUUCGAUGUUCUGCAUGUAUGACUGUAUUCGGAUGUGGAGAUUAUAGGCCUAUUUCGAUGGAGGCCUACCCAGUAGAGGGACAUACUGUGUUGUAGAUGUUGAUUGGAGAAUUAACAAGGAUUGAAAGACCACUAACCACCAAUAGAGACGGAAGUGGCUCAAGUUUCAGUUGAGACCGUUGUUCUUUGAAAGGCCUCUGGUUUCGCUGUGAGUGAAUGGGGUGCUGUAUUAGAACCAAGCUCACAGAUGAAAAAAGGGACACAAUCACAUUUUUACCAUUAUGCAUUCUCGUGAUUCUCUUAUUCUGACUCUGAAAGAGAGCAACAAACUCUCAAGGUUUCAGUUUGUGUUUGUUGGAGACAAGGUUGACUUUGACAGGAAA